AUGCUGGAGCUGCUUCUCUCGACGACGACGACGACGAUGUCUCCGACGUACCAAAAGUGCGGCUACCGCACGGGCAAGUGUACGCACCCGAGCGCGCUCAAGCGCAACGGCCAGUUCCAUCGGCUCUGCGCCUUCCACCGGCAAAAAGCAAACUGGAACCAAAUGAAACUCGACCGAAAGAAGCGCGAGCGCCGGGCAUCGACGGACGACGACGACGCCGUCGCCGUCUUCUCGCCCGCCGCCAUGUCGCCGAUGCUGCCGUCGGCCCUUGACGACGGCCCGCUCACGCUUGCGUCGGAUGAAAUGGACUUCUUCUUUGACGCCAUUUUGUCAUCCAAGACUCUGCCCGACACGACGUUUUACUGA